UCGCUGAUUGCCGCUCUCUCUCUGCUUUCUUUGCCGCAAUGUCUGAAGAGAAAGACACGACCGCCCCUCCUGCUGCUUCCUCCGCUGCUCCCUCCACUGGCGAGACUGCCGCCGCCGAUUCGUCGGUGGACCUGGCCAAGCAGAAUGAGCAAACGGUGGAGCAGCAAAAUGCCAUCAACGCUACAAUAAAGGCAACACAGCCCAAGGUAGGAGCAAAAGAAGAGGUGGAUGCCCUGCUGCCGGAGUACGAGGGGAACCCAAAGCCGGGAUUCCGCAAGGGGGUCCAAGACUUGGGCAAGCGCUACUCUGCGCUUCGACGUGUGCGGGGCGAUGGUAACUGUUUCUACCGCUCCUUCCUGUUCGGGUACCUUGAGCGGCUACUGCAGGGCAUCAAGGGCGUCGGCGACGCCAAUACAAAGGCUAUGUUGGAGCUCAGCAGGCUUAGACAAGUGGUGCACGACAGCAAGGCGGCGUUGAUAGCCCUGGGUUACGAAGAGGUGGCUCUGGAUGACUUCUGGCAGACGUUCCUGCAGGAGCUAGACGCUCUGCCUAACAUGGAGAUGGGCCAGCUUGAGAUCAACUUCCGAGAAGAAGCAGGGCCGUGCGAGUACAUCGUGUGGUAUUGCAGGAUGCUCACCAGUGGGUUUCUCAAGCUCAACGCUGACAGAUUCCUGCCAUUUCUGGAACAUACGGUGGACAUGCAGGACUUUUGCCAGCGAGAAGUUGAACCUAUGGGGAAGGAGUGCGAGCAGAUCCAGAUCAUGGGUCUUUGCGAGCACCUCAACACACCUGUGAAGAUCGAGUAUCUAGACGGGCAAGAUUUCUCUGGGCAACUGGGGAGCAUCACCCUCCCCGACACUGGCGCGGAAGCGAUGGUCACGCUGCUUUACAGGCCUGGGCACUACGAUGUCCUCUACCCGAUGACCAACCAAUGAUUGGGAACCCAUCCUGGUGUCCCGAAACUUUAAUUUCUUUGUUGUUGUCACCGUAGACAAGGCGGCGCCCCCAACGCACGGCAGGACAGUCUUGUCUCUUUGACACAGUUUUCAAUACGAGAAGCAGGAGGGGUGGGGGGUCGAGGAUUAGGGGAUGAAUGGAAUCGAUCACAUUUUCUUGAUCGCAAGACGAUCAUGCGCACCCCUUCACGGACCUUGGAAAAAUUCCCGGUAGUGUUGGGGCAGACAGACAGCAACAGACGAUGCAGGGAAAGAGAGGCCACCACACGACUGACUUGUACCUCAAGUUUUUUUUUGUUCCAUGUUAACCCCCCGGGUCAACGUAGGAGUAGACAGACAGCAGUGGAAGUGGAUUCAGCCGCGAUGCUGCCUGCGACAGAGCAUUUGUUUGACCGAGUACUUGGCGCGUCACUCAUAUUUUAUUCUUUUGUACAUUGUACUUUGGUCCGUGUGUUGAUACAGACAGUAUUGCUGCCGAAGGCUGAGGGUACAGUAAAAGUGUGCGCAGGUUACGAUUGCUCUCUCUCUCUUUCUCUCGCAGCUAGCUAAGCAUUCUAGCGUCCUCCUGGAGGUUGUCGCGGCCGUUUUGUUUUCAGCCGUGCCGUGCCGUGCCGUGCCGUGCCUUGCCUUGCGUAUGUAGGUCUGUGCCUCAAUCUUCGUCUCGCGCCUCUCCCCUCCUCCCCUCUCCUCUCCUUUCGCGCCUUCUCAUUAGUCGAGCAGUUGGAAGAUUUUAUUUGGGGUAAAUGUUGGUGCUUGUUAGUAAUGUAGUAGGAUGGGUUUCGGUGUGUUCGUGUUUUUUUUUUGUCGCCAGCGGUGAAAACCACCACCACCUGGCGGUUUUGCCGCCAGGACUGACGUGUUGCUCGUUUCUGCUCCACGAUUAAAUGAAUGUAGUCAAGAUUGCCCCCGGUGUGUUUCGUGUAUUUUUUCGUGUUUUUAUUAAACGAAAACCUAGGCGCCGUGGUUUCGCUGCGAUUUCAUUUAUGUUGUACAAUGUUUGGUGGUGAAUUGCGUUGCGUCUUGUGGGAGUACAUAACCCCUUCUUGGAAUCGAAUCAAGGCAUGACGACCCACUGUACCCAGCGCCGUCUGGUCAGCU